CUCCAAAGUAGAAGCAUUAUCGGCGCCUUUUUUUUUUUUUUUUUUUCGAUCUCAAUACUAUCCUCUCACGCUGUCAUCAAUACUCGGUUUCCCCCAUUAUUUGUCAACUCUGGGCAUUACUUAUUUGUUUAGCAUUGAUUGGAUUCGACCGGAGAAGGGGUAUUUCAUCGAUGGUGGCGGUCUCAAGGUUUCGAUGUUUCAUGUCUUGAAUUCCUAGUUUGAGGGAGGGAGAGAGAAAGGUACUGAUUUGAUUGAUACUAUUAAAGAAAUUUUCAGAAAGCACUGCUUUAUAGAUCUGUUCUGUAGGCUUUCUCCCACUUUUAGCUUUCUCCGGUCGUAUAAUCAUUUCGGGAAAAGAGCAGAAUAAGGACAAAAAGCUAGUGGGUGACUUUGUUCUUGUUGGUUAUAAGUAUUAUGUUUAUAUCAUUGUCAUAUAGUUGUUUUAGUUAUUAAAUAUAGGAUUGAGUUGAUGUUUCCUGUUUGUUUUCUUCGAAAGUUCAUUGCUUUUUGAAGCUGAAAUGAUUUGAGGGGAUUGGAUAUUUGGAUUAGAGUGCUUUUGAAGUUGAAAAGUGGAUUGGAUUAGAGUGCUUUUGAAGUUGAAGUGGAUUGGAUUUGAUUGCUUGUGAAGUUGAAGUGGAUUGGAUUAGAGUGCUUUUGAAGUUGAAGUGGAUUGGAUUAGAUUGCUUUUGAAGUUGAAGUGGAUUGGAUCAUUGGAUUUUGCCAGUGUAUGGGAGGGUGAAUUCUGUGGAUCAGGUAGAGGGUUGGGGGCUGGAUUGUGAGAACUUUGUAAGGGUGUUAUUAAGAAGGGCGUGACGGAUCCCAACACAGAAAACAAGUGGUGGUGCUAUUGUGUUCCUGUUCUGGAGUGCUUAUUGGAUAUAGUUAGGGCCCUCCAAUUGGGGUCCUGCUUGUCUUUGGAAAGCAGGACCCCUGGACCUAGUUCUCCCAUGUCUGCCUUUGGGAUUAGGAAGAGUUGGAGCUCUGAGCAGAGCCCAGGGUCCCAGAACUCUCCCUUUGACUAUAGGAAGAAAGAGCGGUUGCAUAGGAUUCCCGGCCGCUUAUACCUAAAUGGCUCCAGUGAGGUGGCUUCGCUCUUCACUCAGCAAGGCAAGAAAGGGCCCAAUCAAGAUGCUAUGAUUGUUUGGGAGAAUUUCGGUUCAAGAAGAGACACAGUUUUCUGUGGUGUUUUCGACGGUCAUGGUUCCCAUGGUCAUAUGGUCGCAAAAAGAGUGAGAGAUGAUCUUCCCUUGAAAUUAAGUGCACACUGGGAAGUUAGAGUUAAAACUGAGGAUGUCCUUCUUAGAGAGACCAGUGUAAAUACAAGUGGCAUAGACACCGAGGAUGCUUCUUUUAUUUAUGCAGAUGAGGAGCCAAGGGCAUCCAUUGGUGUUGAAGAAAUCGAAAAAUACCCAGAUAUCUUCCAGACAGUGAAGGAAUCAUUUUUGAAAGCUUUCAAGGUCAUGGAUAGGGAGCUGAAAACAUACACCAAUAUGAAUUGCAACUUCAGUGGGACAACAGCUGUAACUCUUUUGAAACAGGGCCAGAAUCUUGUAAUUGCGAAUGUUGGAGAUUCUAGAGCUGUAUUGGGUACAAGAGAUAAUGAAAAUUCUCUUACUGCUGUACAAUUGACUGUGGAUCUCAAACCUAAUCUUCCAGUGGAAGCAGAGAGGAUUCGUAAGUGUAAAGGGCGUGUAUUUGCUCUUCGCGAGGAACCCGAGGUUGCAAGAGUGUGGCUACCAAAUACCAACUUCCCUGGUCUUGCCAUGUCACGUGCUCUUGGAGAUUUUUGCCUAAAGGGUUUCGGUGUCAUAUCCGUGCCAGAAGUUUCAUAUAGACGCCUAACGGAGAAAGAUGAAUUUAUCGUCUUGGCAACAGACGGGAUCUGGGACGUGCUUUGUAACGAAGAGGUCGUAAAGAUUGUGGCUUCGGCCCCUACACGUUCAUCCGCAGCAAAAACGCUCGUUGAAGCAGCGGUUAGAGGGUGGAAGACCAAAUACCCGACUUCCAGAACAGAUGAUUGUGCAGUGGUCUGCCUCUUUCUUAAAGGUUUCUCAGUGGGAGAGAAUGAAGUUAACGGUGAGAAGGUGGAUGCAUCUACUAUUCCAGCAGAAAUGAAUGGUUCCGACGCCACUGGAAAUGACGAAAAUGCCCUCGGGGCCGAAAGCAACAAAGAACAGGGGAAAAAAGACUGGUCUUCAUCACUUUAGGUUUGUUCUGCACAAAAUCUCUUUUUCUUUUUAUGAGAUGUGUUCCCAGCUGUAUUAGUGUGUGGGGAUCCUUCUCUCUCUAGCGUGGGUAGAAUUGGAAUUUUGUAAAAUCCUACUUGCCAUUUGCUUUGAUUCUUUCAUGUGAUUGAUGUGUUUCUUGUGUUGUAAUAUUGGUGGAUUUUUUAAUUAUUUUUUUUGAAUGAUGCGG